AUGAUGACGAGUCUGCGCCGCCGAAAAGGGUCCGGUUCGGUUGGAUUCCAAGUCCUCCAGGUAGUUUCAGCUCUCAUUCGAAUCCCUGCACAGGCUCCAGUUCCACGUCGUCUGGAGGUGAUCCUAGCUCCACAGGACGCAGCUCACCGUCCGCAGCGAGUGUGGCCUCGUCUGGGUCCAGUUCGAGCUCCAAAUCUGCAAGUAGCUCGAGCUCUAGUGUUUCCAAUGCCCCUAGAUCCGCUCACGGCUCCCAUUCUGGCCACAGGUCGAGCUCUCACUCGAGUUCCAGUUCUAGCUCUCGCUCCAGCUCUCGCACCAAUUCGGAACCAGAUUCAGGUCCCAUCCGACAAAGUCCUCCGAUUCCACCACGAGCCCGGCCCGAGCCCAUAA